AUGGGGAGAUUCCUCAUGAGAAAUAAUGCAAAAGUGAUUGAACUCACUGAAGGAUUCUUCGGAGGGCUUUCCUUCCAGAUGAUAUUGAUAAGUGAGACCGCAGUGAAGAAGGUGAACCCGUCAGCCAUACUCCCUUUGCAACAUCAGCUGACUCAUCUUGGCAUUUUCCACAGCCGCCUAGAGGACUUUCCCUUUCAUAUUCUUUCGGAAUUCCACCUCUUGAAAGAACUCGAACUCAACAAAAAUUUGUUGACCUCCGUCCCGGCCUUUAAGAGCAACAGCCUGGGAAGACUCUCACUCCAUAGCAAUAAGAUCACGAGUGUGGAGUUGGACAAAUGGGUGACUCCCAAUUUGAGGGAACUCUAUAUCUACAAUAAUUUGGUGACCUCUGUCCCGGCCUUCAAUUGCAACAGCAUAGAACGACUCUACUUCUAUAACAAUGAGAUCACGAGUGUAAAGUUGGAGAAAUGGGUGACUCCCAAUUUGAGGGAACUCUAUAUUUACAACAAUAAGUUGACCUCUGUCCCGGCCUUCAACUGCAGCAGCAUAGAACGACUCUACCUUUAUAACAAUAAGAUCUCGAGUGUGGAGUUGGACGGAUGGUCGACUCCCAACUUGAGGAAACUCCAACUCUACAAAAAUUUAUUGACUUCUAUUCCGGCCUUCAAAUGUGAGAACCUAGAAUUACUUGGUCUCAAUGACAAUAAGAUCACGAGUGUGGAGUUUCACGAUUGGGCGACUCCCAAUUUGAGGGAACUCUUUCUCUACAACAAUUUGUUGACCUUUGUUCCGGCCUUCAAGAGCGACAGCCUAGAAUUACUCCGCUUUGAUAACAAUAAGAUCACGAGUGUGGAGUUGGAGAAAUGGGCGACUCCCAAUUUGAGGGAAUUCCGCAUUGGGAACAAUCCCCUAGUGAAGUUCCCGUCUGCAGUCAUCAAGGGCUUGAAGAAUCUUGAGGAAUUCUGGUGUCCAGGGUGCAACCUGGGUCCCACCGUUUCAAGAGAUCUCCUGGAAUUCCAGAGCCAGGCUUUGAAAAGGGUGUUUCUCAAUUCCAACAGCAUCUCCAAACUGGAAGCAGGAGCCAUCACGGGUAUCUCGCCCAAUACGAACAUUUUUCUGGACCAAAACAAUAUCACUGUAUUGCCUGAGGAGACCUUCCGCCCAAUAUUGGACAUCCUCUCAAGGGGGAAUGGAACCCUCGUUCUAAGCGGCAAUCCUAUCCGAUGCGAUUGUAACAUAGCAUGGCUUGUGCUUGGUCAGAAAUUUAUUAGGAACAUUUUUGGGAAGUGUCACAAUGGAACCGAUUUAAAAGACUUAAAUUCGGAUUACAUGAAGGACUGUGAUCGUCAAUGUCCCUACCAGUGCGUGAAGAUCCAAGUGUCGUCUUUCUGCAAGACAGUGCUUCCUUCAAACUGUCCUUCCGAGGAGUUCUGCUGCCAGCCGCCCUUACCCAUUGAGUCAUGUCCAUCCACCCACGUGUGCCUUUCUCGCUCAUAUGCAAGUAAGUGCGAUCCAGGAACUGAGAUCUGGAACACAUCGUGCUCAGGGAGUGAAGUGUGCUGCAGCGUCAAGACCAUCCUACCGACUCUCUUUCCCCGCCAGCCAUCUCAAUUCCCAGGUGACGUCCCAAAUUCAGUAUUACAGGGUGAGCCCCAGGUUGUCCGUGAGGCCGAGGCCAAACGUUUACCUGCCACUAGUCUAAACAAUUCAAGCGGAUCAGGAGUUGAUGUGAAGAUAACCGGCGGGAUAUCAAGAGAAUCAAUGAUUUUGGCCAUCUCUGCUGCAGCGAUUUCAGUCGUGGCUCUGACAGUGGGCUCUAUUUCCUACUAUCGUUUCAGAAAGGAGAAAGCCAGAAACAUCGCAUUAUCCAAAGAAGAAACAGAGCGAUUCUUGAAAGGACAACCCGAGUGCCUGAAUCCAGCGAUUGGGCUCAGCGAACAAAUACAUCUACUGCCAUUCGACGAGCACUGGGACUUCCCUCCUGAGAAACUGAAACUCGGAGAAGUCCUCGGCAGUGGGCAAUUCGGUUACGUGCUGAAGGCUGUGGCUGUUGGGAUCUGUCCUCCGGAGCCCGAAAUGACAGUAGCCGUGAAGAAAAGAAAGCCCCACUCCAGUAUGGAGAAUUAUCAGACGCAUUUGAUGGAGGUGAAGAUCAUGAGUCACCUUGGAAUGCACUUGAAUGUCGUCAAUUUCCUUGGAGCAUGUACCAAAGGUUUGGCACAUGGGGAUCUGAUGAUGAUCAUGGAAUAUUGCCCUUUCGGGAGUCUGGAGAAGUACCUGAGGGCAAAUGAAACGAACUUCAUCGAUCAGAUCGACCGCCACAACCAAACGCUCAAUGACAGUACCGGGAGACAGGAGCACUGCACUGAUGAUUCUGCAAACGAAGAUGCUGCACUCGAAGCCCAGAGAGAUAGAACACUAGGCGAAUGGGUUGUGAAAUAUUUACCAGCUGCAUCACCGGCGACUGACUCCGGAGGACCCGACAGUGUACUCCAGAAGGAUUCUGUUGACUCUGACUCUGGGAUUCUUCCAUCUUCGAGUCGUAUGAUCAAGUUCCUCAACUUCCUUGGAAGAGAGAGUGAAUCAAAACAUCCUGCGCUGAAGGGCAACACCAGCCAUCAGUCCUCAGAAGGAAGCGAUCGCUCAAGACAAUUCACGACUAGCAAUCUCGUCUCUUGGGCUUUUCAGAUAGCUAAAGGCAUGGAAUACUUGGGUUCCCGUAAGGUGGUGCACAGGGACCUGGCCGCGAGAAACAUUUUACUUGCAGAAGACAACAUUGUGAAAAUUUCCGACUUUGGCCUUGCCAGAGACAUCUAUAAGAACAAUCAGUACAUCACAAAGGGGGAUGGUCCAUUGCCGAUAAAAUGGAUGGCCUUGGAGUCCCUCACACAGGACAUGGUCUAUACGAGCAAAUCAGAUGUUUGGGCGUAUGGAAUUACACUUUGGGAAAUGUUCAGCCUUGGGAAGACCCCGUAUCCUGGAUUGAACGGCGUAGAGCUCGUCCGGCUUCUCCAGACGGGGUACCGCAUGGAGGCACCUCGAUUCGCCGAUCAUCAUUUCUACGAAAUGAUGAGGAAGUGUUGGGAUGAGGAUCCAAACAAUCGUCCGACCUUCCCCGUGUUGAGUGCAUGGUUCGGUGAAAUGCUUCUAGAGUCUGAGCGUCUGCACUACAUGGAAAAGUACGAGUUGUUCGAGAAAAAGAACGCAGAGUACUUCCGGACCAAAACGGACUAUCUAAAAUUGAUGCCAACUGAUACGGAUGAUGGAUACCUGAUACCGUUGAAGAAAAAGUAUGGAAAAGAAGGUAUUUCAAAUGCACCCGAACAUGUGAAAUCGGAGAAUUUUCAGUCAAAGACGGACAAUCUGCCGAAGAUGGCAACAAUAACACAAGAGGAUCACCACCAAGAAAGACAGGAACCACGAGUGCAAAAAGAUAGUUCCAGGGCAUAUGCAAACCUCAAAGACGACCUAUUCUCCGGAAACGAGGAAAAUCGUCACAAUGGAUUCGAGCAAACUGAGAAUUCUAUAUUCGAAGAUGACUGUAGCGUUGAAUAUGAAAAACAAUUCGAGCAAUGUGAAAACGCCACUACAUCGUACAUCUGACGAGUGGAAACGGAUCGCCCCAAAGUCAAGGAAGAACGGUUAAAACAAACGAAUGAGCAUGCGAUUGCACUCAUUUGUCUUCCUUUACUUUAAAUAGAUGACGCAGGAUCGAGGAUGUGAAUGCUCCGUGGUAGAAAAUUGCUCGUCAAUAGCUCUUUUUUCCACCUGGUGAUAGCCAUAAGCAGUUUGGAUUAUCCGGAGAGAAAUAUAUUUUGGAGAUUGAAUAUCAA